AUUUGUAACACACCUGUUCACCGCUCCAACAAAAUUUUGCUGCACGAGAUAGAGAAACAGAAAGAGAAAGAGAAAGACAUGGGUGAAGAAGGACAAGUUAUCAGCUGUCACACCGAUCAAGCAUGGGAAGAGCAGCUUACCAAGGCCAAUGAAUCCAAGAAACUCAUGGUUGUUGAUUUCACUGCUUCGUGGUGUGGACCUUGCCGCGCCAUUGCUCCCUUUCUGGCUGAGCUUGCUAGAAAGUUUCCUGGAGUCAUAUUUGUUAAGGUGGAUGUGGAUGAACUCAAGCAAGUUGCGAGUGAUUGGGCUAUUGAGGCAAUGCCAACAUUCAUGUUGCUGCUCGAAGGAAAGAUUGUUGGUAAGGUAGUUGGAGCAAAGAAGGAUGAGCUGCAACAGGCUAUUGAAAAGCAUGUUGCUACUGCCUAACAACCUAAGUGGCUCAUAGUUUCCUAAGUUGCUUGCUUAAAGUAGGAGUUAAUGGACUUAAUCAUAAAGUAGUACUUCAGUUCUAUUAUGCUGUUUUUGCCUUUUUAUUUGAUAGUACCAUGGUAUUGUUGCUGCUGAUAUUUAUGUUGCUGGUUAAAUUAGAUUUGGUUGGACAUUGAGAGAGUCGAGACUAUUAUAGUGUUUUAAGAUCUCAUUAUCUUACUGGGUUUAUACUUUAGUUUUUGCUUGAUUA